ACUUCCGUGUUUAUGUCUGGUUCGGGACGAGCGUCAGACCAGUCACUGUACGUCAUCAUCGGUACUUCUCGGCUGUCUCCGUCGACGGCCACGCAGCAGGGGAACGGUCGUCGACAAACAAACCUUGGUUGAGGUGGAGAGAUUGUUGAUUUCAGGUGUGGACUACGUCCAAUGUAGUGGUCCGUCAGAGAGCAGCCCAGGACGGUUGACUGCACAGUGUGUGGUAUCUGGGCUAAAUAUACCACUGUGACAGACUGCUGGUCUGGGGUGUUUAGCAACUAGCAGCUAGCUAGCUAGCCAGUGAUACAGGGGCGCUAGCUAGCUGGAACAGCGAGAUGGAGUGGACAGGUCACGCAGGGGGGAGAAUAACCCCAGAUCGGCAGCAUGGCACCACCGAAGCUGCUUCUACUCUUUGGAGCUCCGAUGUCCCGUCUCCUCUCCGACAGCCCGCAUCACCGGCUUCCGGCCCUUUCAGUGACAGCGCCCUGACCUCCCUGUGCCAGAGUCAACAGCGAUGCGUGAAGGCGUCCAUCGCGUCCGGCUGGAGCCUGGCCGAGGCCCAGCACCAGCUCUGCUCCCUGGGGCUGCACGGCUCCGAGUCCCUGGAGCAGGAGCAGGCGCGCACCACGGCCUGCCCCUCGGAGCUCACCCACACCGAGGAGGAGUGGCGACGGAAGGAGAGCGUGCUGGGAGGCGGAGCUCCCCGCGGCACCAGCCACAGCCCUGUGCUCGGAGCCGUCGCUAGCUGGGAUGUGUUUGAUAAGAGUAUAAUUAACACCCCACAGACGUCCUCAGAUUGUGAACAGGACAGAAGUAAAAACUUCACCCAGAAGUACGAAAAUGAACUCCGACAUUUUGGCAUGCUGCGGCGCUGGGAUGACAGCCAGAGGUACCUCUCCGAGCAGCCUUUGCUAAUCUGUGAGGAGACGGCCAACUACCUGAUCCUCUGGUGCUUCCGGCUGCAGCAGGAAGGGAAAGAAGCACUGAUGGAGCAGGUGGCCCAUCAGGCGGUUGUCAUGCAGUUCAUCCUAGAAAUGGCCUCCAAUUCCAAACAGGACCCGAGAGGCUGCUUCAGACACUUCUUCCAGAAAGCCAGGGCGGGACAGGAGGGCUACCUCAAUGUCUUCCAGACAGAGCUUGAGGCCUUCAAGGGCCGGGUGAAGGAGUACUCGGUCAAACCUUUGGGAGUGGACAUGCCCAAAGACGGCGGGCUCCAGGGUGUGGCCCCGCGCGGCCGGCUGGACCCCAGAGAGGUCCUGGAGUCUCUGCCUCCGGAGCUGAAGACGGGCUUCCAGUUGCAAGAUAUGCAGAUUUUACAGAAUGUUCUCAGCACGAUGAAUCCACAGGUGGCGGAGUACCACGUGAAGCGCUGCCUGGAGGCGGGCCUGUGGGGCGGCGCGGGCCGGUGGGACGGGAAGGAGGACUCGGGAGAGGCAGACGACGGCCGCAUGAUGGAGAUGUCCUAGCGGAGCUGAAGGUGUCCUAGCGAACGCUGAUGGCAGGGAAUAAU